AAGUGCUUUCGUAAGCAGUCUGCAACUUGAACUUCUCCUUCAUAAUACUUGAGUUGAAUGAGACCUUUGUGUUCUGCCUCUCGAACAAAAUGAUACUUAGACAUGUGCUUGGUUCUUCGAUGUUGCACUGGAUUCUUGCCAAUUGCAAUUGCAGACUUGUUAUCACUUCCAGUGACAUCCGCCUCAGCCAGAAACACUUCCAAACCCUUCUUUACCUCUGAUCCGCGCCCAUUAGUGACCCAUCUCUCUUCAAACCCUUGGCAUCGACCGUGGCUUCCAAAUUUUUGACCGUAUGGCUAGUUCAGGGAUAAGUCCUAAUGAAUCCUCCGUCACUGCAGUGGCAUGGCUAGCUGCUGCCAAGGGUGACGGUGAUUAUGCUUUCAAGCUUUUCAAAGACAUUGUUGAUUAUGCUCUGUUUCUGUGAGAGUUUGGAGGCUGAAAAAGGGUUAUGAAGUGGAAGAUCACAUGGAUGCUUCAGGUAUUAUGUUGGAGGAGGCAGAGAUCUCUGCUUUGCUGCCACGGGCCGAGAAAACAAGGUUUAUAGAUAUUUGCAUAAAAAUUAAGAGAAUGUGUUGGCUGCGUUAGUGAAGAAACUUCAAAAACAAUCGAGGAAUGGUUCUGUGGAGUGAAAGCUAGCGAAGUUAGUGAUAAUGGGAUUGGUUCUGAUAUUGAGCUGAUCAUUAGAGCAGCUGUUUUUCUCUUCCAUCACACUGAUUCAUUCUUUUUGAUCAAAGGCUCAAACUCCAAACCAAGAAAGAAGAUCUCUUAUUGCUAGUGGCCCACUUGAAGGUUAAAAUUAGCCCAUUUUUGUUUUACUUAACCGACUACAAUCCGGAAAUAAAUACACGAAAUAUAUAAUGGUAGCUAGGUCUCGUAUUGCUAGGUUUCUCUACGUCUUUUGUUAAUUGGUUUUUCUAGGGCUUACUUGAUACAUAAGUUUUGACACAUCUCUCUUUCUUCGUUCGAUCCGCAAUCAUGUAUUCAUCUUUCAGUUCAAAAAAAAGAAUCAUGAAUUCAUCUUUCAAUUCCAAAAAAAGAAUCAGGCAUUCAUACUUCAACGAGUUGUUCCAGACCAGGUCCUCCGCUAAGCCGCGUCUCUUAUUCGCCAUCGCAGAAGAAGAUGACUGUGUGUGGAGCUUCUUCUCAACGCCUCAGCUUGAGAAUACAUAUGAGAAAUCGUCGUCGACUCUUGUAGCAGCCGCUGAGUUUCAUAUGAAGUUAUCUCCAGACAAGUUAAUAGGGAUUUAUCAUUCUUACGACCCAAGAUAUUUUUCAAUUGGCUACGCCUCUGGCUUGAUCUAUAUGUAUGGUGAUCGAUACAUGGCUAGACCUCUGAUAUGUAACCCCAACACAGGACGAUAUGUGAUCUUACCUAAUCGGUAUACUUACAGAAAGGCGUAUAGCUUUUUCGGGUUUGACCCAAUUGACAAGCAAUACAAGGUAUUGUCCAUGCGUUAUCCAUCUGGUCCUGGUCAUAAUAAAAUACUUACAUUAGGAGAUGGAGAUCUGACAUGGAGAAAGAUAAAAUGUCCCUUACCACAACCUGGUAUUAAGAGUGAUGGGAUAUGCAUCAAUGGGGUUUUGUAUUUCUUAGCUGUGAGAGUUGAAUGCUCGUUUGAAUAUGUGAUAGUUUGCUUUGAUGUUAGGUCUGAGAAAUUCACAUAUAUUGACGUAGAGAGGAUUUGUCAAUUGAUCAACUACAAUGGCAAAUUAGCUGUGAUUUAUUGGGAGGAUGAUGUCGACAUUUAUGAGAUUUGUUAUUAUGGGAAGAAUCUCGAUGAUUAUUUGGAGAAAAAUCUCAACGUUGAUGCCACUAAUGAGUUGCGUGUGUGGGUUCUAGAGGAUGUUGAGAAACAUGAAUGGUCGAAAUAUGCCUACACUUGGACCGAUGAUACAUUCUUCCGUCGUCAUGUUUCCAUCGCUGGAGCGACUGCUUCGGGUGAAAUAGUAUUUUCGAUGCGCAAGUAUUCAUCUAAACAACCGUUUUAUGUUUUCUACUUCAAUCCCGAAAGGAACACUCUCCAACGUGUUGAAAUCCAAGGUUUUGGUGAAGCGUUUAAGAAAACUUGUAGCGUUCGCACCUUUGUAAACCACGUAGAGGAUCUUGAUGUUAACGAUUUAAAACAACUCAAGUCAGUCCAUCCUCCAUUGGUGAAGCCAGAAUUUUAUUGUCUACCAGAAUCAGAAUCAGAUACAGAUUCUGAAGCAGAAUCAGACUCAGAUUCUGAAUCAGACGGACAAGGAGAUGAAGAAGGAUAGAGACGAUCAUUUUGUGCUCUUAUCUCUGCGUUUUUUUUUUUUGUCAACCUUAUCUAUUUUACGGUGUCUCUCUCUUUAACUAGGUUUACACAUCUAUUCUUCAUUUUGUUUGGUCUCAAGAACAUGGUUUUGUUGUUUCUCUUAGUUCUCUGUCUUUAAUUGGAGUAUAUUUGCUCUAAUUUUCAACAUUGUUUCUUUUGCAUGAGAUUUGUCCUCUGUUCUUUCUUCUUUGUCAACAUCUUGUUGUCUUUGUUAUUUGUGCGUGAUGGGACUAAUUUAUUUCCUGAUGACACUUUAAUAGUUAAAUGGGAUUUGUGAAAAUGUUCACUGAUUUUUCACAUUCACAUGUUC